AUGAGUUGCAUCACCUGGAACUGUCGCGGUUUGGGCAACACUGCGACAGUGAAGGAGCUUCAUGAAAUCGCGAAGAAGUUUGUCCCUACCGUGCUAUGCGUUGUUGAAACUCAGGUGAACAAAGCACGGGUUGAAGGUCUGAAAGGUACCUUAGGUUAUGAUAAUGCUUUUGCCAUUAGCAGUUCAGGUCGCAGCGGUGGUAUUGGCAUGUUCUGGAAUAAUGACACUAAAGUGGAAAUUCUACCAUUUUUCCAGUAUCACAUUGACUCAAUUAUUUCUGUGAACGGGGGUGAACCGUGGAGAUUUACAUGUGUUUACGGUGAAGCUCAAACCGCUGAGCGCCAUAAAACAUGGGAUGUGUUGAAAUUUAUUAAAGCAUCAUCACCACUUCCACAGGUCUGCAUGGGUGACUUUAAAGAAGUUUUGCGUAGAUCCGAACAUGUGGGGGUUCAUGAGAGAAGUCAUGUUCAGAUCGCUGGCUUUAGGGAGAUGUUGGAUGUGUGUGGUCUUUAUGACCUGGGGUUUGAAGGCCGCAAUUGGACCUUUGAAAAGAAAGUUGCGGGAGGCUCCUACUGCCGUGUCAGGCUUGAUCGUGCCCUAGCAAUGGCUGACUGGUGCACAAGAUUUCUGAUGGCGAGAGUGUCCCAUCUUACUGCUGCAGCAUCCGACCAUGACCCCAUCAUGCUACGGUGGCAGCAGGUCUCUGGUCGCAAGGGGAGGAAAAAGAGAAAAAUAUUCAGAUACGAGAUGAUGUGGGAGGCCCAUGAUGAAUUCUUUCCCAUGCUUGCGAAGACAUGGCUUGAUGCAGGAAAAGCCUGCACGGUGAAGGAGUUAUAG